AUGACAAAUCUCACCAAUUUGUUUGGAAAUUUAACUUUUUUAUUUAAUUUGCCUGGCCUAUAUUCAUCCUCAAUUACAAUAUUCUUUAGCUCUAGUUUGGCAUCUUUAGUUGCUUUUUUAAAUCCUAUUGUAACAAUUUUGAGCGUCAAAAAUUACAGACAAAUAGUUUUCCGAUGCAAAAAUAAUUCAACUGUUACUCCUGUUAUUCCGAUGCUGCCGCAGAAUUCAAUAGCAAAUAGAAAUUUAGUACAUUCUAUUUAA